CAUUUUCUUGAUCUUCUAAAAACAAGAACCCUGCAGUGUUGUCACCCCCCAUCUCUCCCUAUUCUGCUUUUGAAAUGCAGGCACCUUUAUUUCCCCCCAAUUUGGAUUGUGUUUGUUUUCUCUGCUUCGAACUGAAAUUUUGCAAGCCUUGACUCUUAAUUAAAAAACAGUACAACCCCCCCCCUUUCCACUUUUCUCCUGGAGGCUCGUCCGUCAUCACCAUCAUGUCUUUCAACCACACCGUGCUCUCUUCUGCCAACAGCUCAUCCAAUGGGACUGAAACGCUGGAGAACAGGAAACCUGUGACUAUCCCCACUGUCAUGUUCAUCUUCGGGGUGGUGGGGAACCUCAUUGCCAUUGUGGUGCUUUGUAAGUCCCGGAAGGAGCAGAAAGAGACCACCUUCUAUACGCUGGUUUGUGGGUUGGCUGUCACAGACCUCCUGGGCACCUGCCUGGUCAGUCCAGUCACGAUUGCCACGUACCUGAAGAAUGAGUGGCCGGGUGGCGACCCGCUGUGCGAGUACAGCACCUUCAUCCUCCUCUUCUUUGGGCUGUCUGGACUCAGCAUCAUCUGCGCCAUGUCUAUCGAGAGGUACCUGGCCAUCAACCAUGCCUACUUCUAUAGCCAUUAUGUGGAUAAGAAGCUGGCCGCGCUGACUCUCUUUGCUAUCUAUGUUUCCAAUGUCCUCUUCUGUGCCCUACCGAGCAUGGGUUUGGGUAGCACGAAGCUUCAGUACCCCCAGACGUGGUGCUUCAUAGACUGGCGGACCAACGUUUCCACCUAUGCCGCCUACUCUUAUAUGUAUGCCGGCUUCAGCUCCUUCUUAAUCAUGGUCACGGUGGUUUCCAACGUCUUGGUGUGCAUGGCCCUGAUCCGCAUGCACCGUCAGUUCAUGCGGCGCACCUCCUUGGGUACGGACCACACCGCCAGCCGCUUGUCGGACGUUCGCCGGCGCAGGAGUUUCCGGCGCAUGGCCGGAGCAGAGAUCCAAAUGGUCAUCUUGCUCAUUGCCACCUCCUUGGUUGUGUUGAUCUGCUCCAUUCCUCUAGUGGUGCGUGUCUUCGUGAACCAGCUGUACCAGCCACCUUUAGUCAGGGAUAUUAGGCAAAACCCUGACCUACAGGCCAUCCGCAUCGCCUCGGUGAACCCCAUCCUCGAUCCGUGGGUCUACAUUCUGCUUCGCAAGACCGUGCUGAGCAAAGCCAUUGAGAAGGUCAAAUGCCUCUUCUGCCGCAUCGGAGGGGCCCGCCGGCCGCACUCGGGGAGCAACUGCAACUGCACGGACGGCCGCAGGGCUUCCUCCACCACGGCUGCCCAUUCGCCCUCCUUCAUCUCUCGAGAGCUGAGGGAGAUCAGCAGCACCUCGCAGACUCUUUUGUACCCCCUCGAGCCGAGCGAAGGGACCAUUGGCGAACGGAUGCUGUUGCCAGGAGCGAGUAGCAGCCUGGCCCAAUCAGAUACUACAUCCAUAAGGACACUGAGGAGCUCAAACACCUCAGAGUCUUCACAGGGGCAGGACGGUGAGAACGUUCUUUUGGUGAAUGAACUCAGGCCCAGUGGUGAAGUCAGUACUACUCCAAAGGGCAGCUCUCUUCAAGUCACCUUCCCCAACGAGACACUGAACUUGUCAGAGAAGUGUAUAUAAGGAGUGGAAGGAAUUAAGAUGCCAGAGGAAGUCCGAGGAGGAACGGGUACAACAGACAUAUCAAAUGUCCAUCCUUUGCCAUCCCAUUUGUUGGCCUGUCAUAGCUAAGGCACACCCAAGGCCUAUCUGGCUUUUCACUUUCCCAAUUGAAUAGGGUCAAGUAGCCAUUUAGAGCAAAGUGGACUAGAAAUGGGCACUUAGUGAGAGACUAUACGGGACACAAAAUGGCAGCCAUUGGGGUGGAAAUAAGCACCCUAUGUUCUUGGCUGCUACAUAUCUACACACUAGGUGUGCCAUCUAUCCUGAAAAAAAGGAAGACAAAUAGCUGCUGGUGUUUGUUUUUUUUAUUAUAUAAUAAGCACAGUCCUUGCAGGGGACUAAGGAUCAGCCUGCAGACUUAUCUUCUGCCAUCAGACCUUUCCAAAGUAACAGAUGAAUGUAAUGACAUUAGAAGUGCAGGCUGCUGUUGGUUUCAGGGCCUUGGGACUGUUUCCAUUAGUCCAAGGUUGGAAAGAGUCGCCAGUUCUCCCCCCUCUAAAUACAAUUGAAGCAUACUUACUCCCUAUUCCUCUCUCCUCCCUUAUUACUUAAUAAGGUUUAGAGAGAACUAAUUAAAAGACACUUGCUAAUAGCUGUGCAAACUGCUCCAGUUGAUAUGGAAUUGAAAAUCUCUCCUAUGGUGUGAAAAACAAAAUGUGAAUUUCUCUGGCUGUGUAUAUUGUGACUGAAUGUAUUUAAAAGUGCUGUAUUCUUCUCUGUGAGAAGGUGAAUUAUUAAUACAAAGUAUAUAGAAAAGAAAUAUUGUCAGUCUUCUCCUCUCCCCCCUCCAUGCCUGCUGAUAGGUAAUUUUACGUUAGAUUUAUUUUUCAGAUACGCAAACUCAAUGGGCCAAAGCAGAGCUAAUUCACAAGACAGAAUUGGAGGACAUCUGAAUUAUACGAGGAACAUGUUAUGAUACCACUGGGGGCAAUAAAGGCGUUAUGUUUUUAAAUGUUCCAGAUAUUGUGUGUGUAUACUUAAAACGAAAGCAGAGUUUAUGUGCUGUGAAUGUGUUCCUCCUUAAAAUGCACUGGCCUCCUAUCUUGGCUAAUAACCCAGUUCUCUAAACAUCUGAUACACAGCUAUGGUCCUAUCCUAUGCAGGUUUACUAAGACAUGUGGUGAGCCAGUGUGGUGUAGUGGCUAAAGUGUUGGACUGGGAGUCAGUAGAUCUGGGUUCUAGUCCCCACUCGGCCAUGGAAACCCACUGGGUGACUUCGGGCCAGUC